UUCUCCAGGUUUUCAAGAUGGUCCAAGCUAGCCUCGUCCUCGCUUCCCUCUUCACCCUCGCCUACGCUGGCCCCCAUGUCCAACGUAAGAUGCAUGUCGUCGAGCGUCGCGACAGCGUCCCGAGUGGUUUCGUUAUGGACGGCGCGGCCCCAUCAGAUGAGGUGCUUACCCUCCGUUUCGCGCUUGCUCAGAACGACAUUGCUGGGCUCGAGAAGGAGCUCUACGCUGUAAGCACUCCGGGUAGCUCGCGGUACAGACAGUUCUUGUCCCAAGACGAAGUUCAAUCAUACGUGGCACCCGCUGCAGACACUGUCUCUGCAGUUAACGACUGGCUCUCGGCCAAUGACCUCACUUCGUGGUCCCUUACUCCCGCUGGUGACUGGAUCGCGGUCAACAUGACUGUAUCGAAGGCGAACAGCCUGUUCGAUGCCGACUUUUCCCAGUUCACUCACGAGUCGACUGGCUCUACAGCCAUCCGCACCCUCGAAUAUUCUGUCCCUGCGUCUUUACAGAGCGCUAUUAGCUUCGUUCACCCCACUGUGGCAUUCCCCGUAAAGGCCAAGGGAACUCCCGCUUUCAAGAAACUCACGCAAGUUGUUCCGAAUGUCAAUCUCACGAGCGAUGCCGUUCCCGCCUCGUGCGCUUCUACGAUUACGCCUGCUUGCUUGCAGUCAAUCUAUGGCGUUCCCACGACUUCCGCUUCUGCUCCUUCGAACACCCUCGCCGUCUCGGGAUAUAUCGACGAAUGGGCCAACGAAGCCGACCUUAAGUCAUUCCUGUCGACAUACAGGACAGAUAUAUCUUCCAGCACGACUUUCACGCUGCAGACUUUGGACGGAGGCUCCAACCCUCAGACAGCAAGCGAGGCUGGUGUGGAAGCCAAUCUUGACAUCCAGUACACUGUCGGGAUAGCCACUGGAGUACCUGUCUCCUUCGUCUCUGUCGGAGAGGACUUUAAUGACGAUGUUGACGGGUUCCUUGACCAAAUCAACCUCUUCCUCGGUCAAGAUGUACCUCCUACCGUCCUCAGCACAAGUUACUCCUUCAAUGAAAACGACUUGACCUUCUCUGUCGCCAACAACCUUUGCAACGCAUACAUGCAGCUCGGGGCUCUCGGUACUAGCAUUCUCUUCUCAUCCGGUGACGGUGGCGUUUCUGGCGGUCAGAGUUCAAGCUGUACCGACUUUGUUCCGACAUACCCCUCCACCUGUCCCUAUAUCACCUCGGUCGGAGGAACAACGGGUAUUAGUCCGGAGGUCGCUGCAGACUUCUCCUCGGGUGGAUUCUCCAACUUCUUCGGAAUUCCAGAUUAUCAGGCAGAUGCUGUCGCCUCCUAUCUCGACUUCCUCGGCAGCACCAACAGCGGUAAAUUCAAUUCCUCUGGCCGUGCCUUCCCCGACAUGAGCGCCCAGUCCGAGAAUUUCAUCAUCGCAUGGGACGGUGAAUUUGGAACCGUCGACGGGACGUCGUGUUCGACCCCAUUCUUCGCAGGCAUGGUCGCCCUCAUCAAUAACGAGCUCAUCAACGGCGGCGGCGCUCCUCUUGGAUUCCUGAACCCGUUGAUCUACAGCGCGACGGAUGCCUUUACGGAUAUCACUUCGGGAGACAACCCCGGGUGUAACACGAACGGCUUCUCAGCAACCGAUUCAUGGGACCCCGUCACCGGUGUUGGUUCUCCAAUCUACUCUGCCCUACUCGCCGCCGCCAGCAGUGGUUAGUGCGUGUACAUUCCAAACUUUAUUUCGGGUUAUUUGAACAAGGAUCUCGGACGAUACCGUUCUGUUGUUACGAUACCUUCUUCUUGGGACAAUCAACGGUUCGAGGUAUAUCAAGCUUUAUUGUGUAUGUAGUAGAGCAACUCAACGAGAAUUAUGAAUGUGAC